ACAACAAAACCAGACCGUCCGUCAGUGAACUUGUGACUUUCGGAGGGGGAGUGUCGAGUGUCUGUGCCUGUACGCUGUCUAAACGUAGUGGUGCAGCAGUGUCAUGUGUGAUGCAGAGAGUCUGCCGCUGCCUGCCUGGUGCUGAGGGACAGUGUGUAAGACGAGAAGCUGAAAUGAUGCAGACAGCAAUGUUACUGACUGGACAAAAGCUGACUAAACUGGACCUUGACUGAGAGCAGACCAGUGGAAGAGAGAGCCAUGACAGUGAAGCUUAAGUCUCAGUAUAAGAAGCCUCACUAUCACACUCACAACUCAGUCCCAUGAAGCAAUACAGCAGCGUCUCUCUCUUACAAACAUGACUCGGCUUUUGCAACCAUGUUUAUCUCUUGUUUCCGAAGUGUGCCGCCCAGCAAGGCCCUCCACCACCCUGAGGACUGCCCUGGGAGCACUUUCCUGGACUCACCUGUGCUGUGGGCAGGUGAGAAGACAGAUGUUGAUGGGCAGGCUUGGGUGGCAGCCAGGUGUCCUCUUUCACUCCAGCACCAGGUGGGCGGUUCUCUCCACACCCAACCCUGAUAGGCACAGUGGUGCAGGCAGUGCCACUCCCCACUUGCAGGACGACCACAAGUGUGCACAACCCCGGCAGGAGAACCACCACCACCACAACUCUGAAAAGUCAGACACCCUAGAUGCUGCCCUGGGAAUGCUGCAGGACCUCUUCGGCAUGACCCACAAGGAUGCCCAGUACAUCCUGAUAUCCUGCAACAUCCCGGAGCAGGAGAUUGUUAACAACCUGCGCGUCCUUCACCAGUGUGGCAUAGGCGGAGAGCAGAUGAACAGAAUUCCUUGGAUACUUGGCCAGAAUGCAGACGUGCUUGGUGAGAAACUACGCAAGAUCCAGGAGCCGUACCUGUUCCAGCAGCACAGUGAGGGGCUGGGCUUCUGUUACCUGAGCCUGGGCCAAAUGACCACCUACCAGACCCAGUUCAGGAAGGAGGCGCUAAACUUCCCUCACCACCCUAACCGCAUCUAUUACUUGGCGGAGAGAAUAAAAGUCCCUGUUGAGUUGUUCAGUGAGAAGAUUGGCAAGCCUCACAGAACCCUUGCAUUGAACAUCAAGCGCCUUGACUCCUUCAUCGACUUGUUCCAUCAUUAUGACAUGUCUCCCAAGGACAUUGUGUCGGACCUGUGGGUGUUUGAGUACUCCCUGAAGAAGGCUGAGGAGAGGCUGCGCCGUGCCAUGGAGCUCGGCUACACUACACUCAGGCCCUGGAUGUGUCGCUGCUCUGAUAAGAUAUUUGACAGGUUCUGUGAGCGGUACCAGUGUGGGAAGGAGCUGCUGGGUCACCACAAGUCCCUCCUCAGCUACUUGGCCGAGCGUCUCCACUGCGAGCUGAGUCUGCUGGAGGACAAGUUUGAGAGCAACGAGAUCCUCAAGAGACUCCACAUCAGCAAGUUUAGUCGAAUCCUUGACCUUCUGUAUGCUGAGGGAAUAACUGCACAGGAAAUAAGGUCCUGCAUGAGGGUAUUCCAAUACUCCGAGGAACGCACAGCCAUCAGAAUUAAGGAGCUCAAGAAAAUUGGUUUCUUCCCCUUCCCACUGAUUCUUCUCUGCCGCACUCCUGCUCAGUUCAAGGAGAUCACAACCCAGUACAAGAAGAAGUUCAAAAAGCAGUCAUGAUGUUACUGAGACUGGAGUGAGGGUGAGGUGGUGAAGAAUGACUUGGUGGAAGGUCUGGACUGCUUCAUGUGGUGUGACAGGAUUGCAGGUAUGUGAGAGAGAGAGGGAGGGAAAUGUGAAUGAAUAUGAGAGGGUGUAUUUAAGUGUGUGAAUGAGUAAGUGUGUGAGUAUGAGUGAGUGAGUGAGUGAGUGAGUGAGUGUGUGUGUGUGCGUAAUCGUGUGAAAUUUAAGGCUGUGAUUUCAUAGUUGGUGUGUAAGUUACUUGGAAGACAUGUGGAGAGAAAGAACUGAAAAAUAAAAAAAAAAACCUUGGUCAUAUUUUGGCAUUCUAAUCUGUUAGAUGUAAAUAAAUCAUUUGUAUUUAUUUUGAAUAUAAACUAGUUACCAAUG